AUGGGUGCUAGCUGUAACGAUCAGAGAAAAGCCGUUGCUAUCUGCCUGCAACGAUCACCUUGUGUUUUGAUCGAGCGAAAUACUCCUAAACAAUGCCUAGAAGAUCCCAACCUGAGCAAAGACUUGCCUGAGCUGUGCAUGGCGCAGAUGAAGGCGUUUUUAGAGUGCAAGAGGGGCAUGGUAGAUAUGAAGAAGCGUUUUAGGGGAAACGGGGCGCUCUCUACGGGAAAAUACGAUCAACAAUAUGACAACCUCUCUAGCGGGAACUUUGACGCCCGAGAAGAGCUACACAAGCUAGAAACGCUUUCAAGUGCUAGCAAGAACUAA